AGAGAGAGAGGGAUAAGUUUACACAGCUAGGCCUGAGGAAUCAGAAGUCCAUGUUCAAGGAAGAAGUGUUGGAUCUGACAGGUGUUUACGACAAACCACGUGAGGGUCAUGUUUACUUCAGAGGCUGUGGCAAUGUGAAACAAGAAAAGACUAUGAAGGGCUUUCCAUACAGAGAUAUACUUUUAAACCAGACUGCUGCUAUACACAUAGAUACCAUGGAAAAGACAGUCUGAGGGAACUGACAGCAGCUGAGAAACUUUGGAGAUAAGCGGAUGAGGCAUUUUCAAUAUUUACUACUGAGGUACCGGCAGCAGCACUGUUCCAGUGCCAGAGAAGGAGUGCAUCAUGAUUGCCACAGCACUGCGCUGGCUCAUCCUGGUUUUUUUUAUCAUUCUUACCAUUGGUGGUAACGUGCUGGUGUGUUUGGCUGUAGGAAUGAGCCGUCGACUAUGGAGAAUUUCUAACUGCUUCGUGGUUUCGCUGGCAGUGACAGAUCUCCUCCUUGGCCUACUGGUGCUUCCCUUGUCCGCCACUGUGGAGCUGCGCAGCGGGGAAUGGCCAUUUGGAGGAGUCCUGUGCAACAUCUACAUUUCAUUAGAUGUCAUGCUGUGCACAGCCUCCAUCCUGACCCUCCUGGCAAUCAGUGUGGACCGAUACCUUGCCAUUUCAGCACCCCUUAGCCACUCCCGGAGAGUUACACCACUAAGGGUGACACUGGCUAUCAUUGCCAUCUGGGCCAUGUCACUAGCCGUGUCUGUUCUGCCUAUACACUUGGGAUGGAACACAGCAGACUACAGGGUUCAAAACUUAGACUGGGCAACGGGAGGCAAUGAGAAAGAGGGCUACUACUGUCAGUUUGGAUGGAAUAACAACUAUGUUCUUCUUUAUGCCUUUGGCUCAUUUUACCUGCCUCUGCUGGUUAUGUGUGGAAUGUAUCUUUGCAUAUUCAGGAUGGCACGAGAACAGGCAAGGCGAAUUCGUGCUACCAUGCCAUCAUUUGGACGUACAGCAACUGCAGUGGUAGCCCGAGAGCACAAAGCUACAGUGACCCUGGCUGCAGUACUCGGGGCUUUUGUCAUCUGUUGGUUCCCUUACUUCACCUACUUCACCUGGAUUGGAAUGAAGGAAAAAACAAACCCACCUAAUACACUUCACUCCGUAGUCCUGUGGUUGGGUUAUUUUAACUCUACCCUUAAUCCAAUCCUUUAUCCAGCCUUUAACAGGGAUUUCCGCAGAGCCUACGGAGAGCUGCUUCACUGCAAAAGACUAUAUCGGAGAAAACUGCAUCUUAAUGGUGUAAAUAAGCGAUUGACCUUUACUAAUGGACAAAGACUCUCUCAACAGUGUGAGGGACAGAUAGACAUACAUAAAAAAAACACAGAGGAGAAGAACCUCACGCUACAAAUGGGAAAUGGUAUUCCUGAUGAGCCAAGAUGAAAUGCUAUGGAUGUUGUCUCACCAAUAGACUCUAGAGUGGCAGCGAAAUAUUGCUUACUACUACUCACUUACUCAAAGUACCAGAUUAGCCAAUAAUUUACACUGUCGCUCAUUUGUAGAUAGUGCCAAAGUUUGUGCAAUUCCAGGCACAGUACAAUAAAUGUUACAUAAAAGUUUUAUUAAUGAUUAAUAACACUGUUAUUGGAAAAUAACAGAAAUCUUUACAUGUUUAUUUCAAGGUGCACAUUUUUCUUUGAUUAUAAUAGUGUUGAACUAAGACAGAAGUAUUGAAAUGUAAGUUUUUAACAGUAGGCUUCAGUGUAGAAAAGUGGAUCUGAAUAGAAUAAAUAGAUGACUCAGUAAGCUUCCCAGAAAGCUGCACGGAGACAAGUGUAGUUAAAAGUUUGCAAGUUGUUUAUUUUUAAACCCUCCAGCCCUGCUAUUCAAAGUAAAUAAGUCACCAGCAAGUUCAUUUGAUAUGUACAAUAUGUGUAUGAACCCAAAAAGGACAAACAGAAGGACUUCCUGGACACUUUUACAGAUUAACUGCAGUUGAACAAGAUAUCCUUUUUUUUAAAUAAAUAAAUAAAUAAAUUAUCAGUUAAGCUAUGAUAAAGACCAGCUCUUUUCUAUUAUCCCAGUGGACAUGCGCUUCAUCAUUAUAGCUAUGCUGCCUUUAUGUAUUGUAAAUAGAUCAACAGCCAUUAUAACCAGAUGUGAAACUUGUGCACAGUGAUGAUAUAGACUACUGUGAAAGUCAAAUCUAAGUAAAUCUAAGCAAACUUUAUCAUUUUUGCUUACAUUUUUAAUUCAUAAUGAAAUUAGUACAGCAAGAGAUUAAUGCAUUUAAUGUAUUUAAGAAACAUUCUUAUUUCAUGUUUGUUAUUUUUAUUCCAUAAAAGUACUUUUGUUAAUUACCCCCUAACUCUACCAAAUCAAAAAUUACUCAAAAGUAAACUGUGGCAUUGAUGUUAUGAAUAUUUUACAGAAAGUGUGCUAUAUAGUGAAUAAUGAUCUAAUAUAACUCUGGUUUUAUUUGUGUCUUUGAAUGUAUGAAGAAGAUUGUCAGUGGGAACUUAAUUAAACAAAACUCAUUAACAAGGCAAGCUGGACCUUACUGCUCCAAACGCAGCUCAGAGUAAGUGCCGCAUGUACAUCUUCCUCCAUAGGUGUUGUGGGAGGUUUCAUUGGCAUUUCAGUAGGACAAAUGUUCUUCCAGCAGGAGAAACAUUAACAGAGACUCGUGAACAUUUAAUAAAUGAACUUUCUUUCCUGGACAUUACAUCUGUUUUUGUGCUUUAUAUUAAACUGUUUAUUUAUAACUGCAACUGCAGAGUAUGCAGCUUCCUCUUUGGCUUUUCAACAUCAGAUCACUUGAAGCAAGUUCCCUGAGAUUAACCCUUGUCCUGUAAGUGACAGAUAUGCUCUUGUGAAUGUUGAUUAUAAUCAAUAUUUGUUUGCUUUGUUUGUUUAAUUUGAAAACAAAAUGAUAGCUGAAAACAUAAUUCUUUGAUUGCCAAGACAAAAGAAUGAACUGAUCCUUAUUUUUUUAAGCUCUGAUAUGUAUCAGUAUGUAUACUGUAUAUUGUAUUGUUUAGAAAAAUACAUAUUAUAAUUAAGUACAAAUAACUUAUGCAAAACAACAGGUUCCAUUCUUUA